GUGAUGGGGUUGCACAGCUCCCUCUGCUCCCUUGGGGAUGGUCCAGGCACCCCAACUGGCCAGAGCCAAUGUUUUUCUCUCAGCCUCCAGAGACAGACGCCCACGGCCACCACAGCUGCGCCAGAGCUGACAGGCCCCUCCAGAUCAGGACGUGGUGAAGGCAAUCCCCUUGGCCCCGCCAAGCCCCCAGAGCUGUGGGGGGCAGAAGCAGGGCCCCUAGGCAGAGCCCUCCCUGUUUCUAUACUGCUCUUAAAGGUACAGUAUCCCCCACAGGGGUUUCAACCUGACAUCUUUCCACCUUUCACCUUUGCUCCCCCUGCCCCUGCACAAGCCCACAGUAAUCUCCUUCCCUACCAUAAUAUGUAUGAAUUGCUCGUCCGCAGAAAACCGUGUUCUACAUCCUGUGUUGCAGGGGUUGGGCUAAAUAAUACUAACAAUAAUAAUAACAACAAUAAUAAUAAUUUAUUUAAACCCCAUCCAUCUGGCUGGGUUUCCCCAUUCACUCUGGGAGGCUCCCAACAGAACAUUAGUAAAAAGUAAAGGGACCCCUGACCAUUAGGUCCAGUCGUGGCCGACUCUGGGGUUGCUGCGCUCAUCUCGCUUUAUUGGCCGAGGGAGCAGGCGUACAGCUUCCGGGUCAUGUGGCCAGCAUGACUAAGCCGCUUCUGGCAAACCAGAGCAGCGCACGGAAAUGCCAUUUACCUUCCCGCCAGAGUGGUACCUAUUUAUCUACUUGCACUUGACGUGCUUUCGAACUGCUAGGUUGGCAGGAGCAGGGACUGAGCCACAGGAGCUCACCCCGUCGCGGGGAUUUGAACCGCCAACCUUCUGAUCGGCAACUCCUAGGCUCUGUGGUUUAACCCACAAAGCAUCAAACGUUAAAAACUUCCCUAAAUGUCCCUAGAUGACCCUUGGGGUCCCUUCUGAUUCUACAAUUCUAUGGUUCCAUUGUGGUGGUGAUGAGGAGGAGGAGAAGGAGGAUGCCCUUCGUGAGAAUGGUACUUUCCAGUGCAGCACUGGACAGGUCCUCUGCCUGCAAGGAGCUUACAAUCUAAAACUUCAAAUUUUGUGGCACAAUGGAGCCUGAUGGCUUGGCAGGCAGAAACCCCCUGGCUGAAUUCCCAAUGGCAUCUCUAGUUAAAAGCAGCUCAGGUAGCAGGUAUGGGGUGUGGGGAAGCUCCCUUCUUCGAAAACCUGCAGUCCCAGACCAGGUGCUUCUCAGCGGCUCUGAGUGUGAGCCUGAGACCCUCACCCCACGGACAGGUUUUCAUGGACCAUGAUGAGUUAGGCAAAAGGAGCUAUGGGAAGGGUCAUAGCUCAGUGGCAGAAUAGCCGCUUUGCAUGCAGAAGGUCCCAGGUUCAAUCCCUUCCAGCGGCACCUGCAGGUAGAGCUGGGAGAGAACCGUGGCUGUAACCUUGGAGAGCCGCUGCCGGUCAGUGUAGGCAAUACCGACGUAGAUUGACCCACUGGUCUCACGCUGUAUAGGGUAGCAAGCUUCAUGUGCUCUUCUGCUGCCCUCUUGUGGCCGCCUCGGGUACACCGGUCCGGCCUCUCCUGAAUCGCGCCCUGCUCCGAGAAGCGCCGUCGGGGCUCCGCUCUCGGCGAAAAGGGGGAGCCCUGCCGGCGCGGGGCAGGAGAGAUGGAUGCCCUAAGGAGCACCACCCAGGGGUGCUGCUGCUGGCUGGUCAGCUGGCUGGCCGGUCGGCUUUCUCUAUGGCCCGGCUGUUGACGUUGCACGCAGCGACUAACUUUCGUUUCCACCCAGGACAGAUUUUGCAGAAAUGAAAGUGAAAGAGGGCGCUGGGCAGAGACGGGAGAUGGAGGUGGAGACACGCGUCUGCGAGAACUGGUAGGGGAUGCAGCCCUGUCUAUCAUUCAAUAUCUGUCUGUCUGUCGAAUCUCCCUCUCUGCAAACAGGCUGGCUGGGCUACAGUGGCAACCCCCCCUCUCCAUAAAUGGGACUGGGGCGCAAUCCAGUAGGGUCUCCGCCCCGCGUUAAGAAACGUAGAGGGCCCGGUUGUUUUGCAUGAAGGGGGCCUCUCGGAUUUUGUGGCUCAUGGAGAAAAUAAUAUCUGUCGUUUAACAUAAAAGGAAUUGGAUCAAUAUAAUUGUUGGGUGAACUCCAGUUGUGUUGCUUGGAACCUUCCAAUAUUAAUUCAUGACGUUUGGUUUUGGUACGGAAACUUGUUCUCGUCUGUUUUCUUCUACCGUAGGUAUCCCUUUCUGCUUGUUUUGUUUGGCAUUUGUUACUAUCCUUCGUUCUGCUACAAAUAUAUGGAAAUUAAUUUGUAUAGAAUUACAGCAACAGCCAGAUACAACGCUUAGAGUUCCCUUCCCUUCUCGGUUUGGGGUCAGUCCCUGCCGUGGGCAGUGACCCUCUUGGGGAAGUCCCAGCCUCUCACAGUUCUGUUGAGGACUUCCCAGGCAGAACUGAGUCCUUUGCCUUGACAAAAGGACCAAGCUUAUUUAUUUGCUUAGAGCUAUUAAGGAAAAAUCACACACACACACACGUUCCUGGUUUUAACAGAGCAUUUGCAGCAGAGUGGCUUACAUACAAAACAGUCCCUGCCCCUGUAGGCUUGCAGUCUAAGAAGACAUAGUACACAAGGAAAAAGGGACAAGGAGGGAGGAGGAAAAACAAAACCCAACUCAGGCACCAAUUCUUAUAUGGUUGUUCUUAUGAAGACCAGGUGGCACAGUUCAAGGGUGGUGGGAGCUGGGCUUCCAGCAGUGCUGACUUGCCCCUUGUGGCCCGUGGGCUCCUCUUCUCUCGCCCAGCAAGCGGGACGUGGUGGCUGCCAACUUCUCCCUCCAUGAGGCCCACUGCUUGCGCUUCCUGACCAUCUGCCCCAAGUGUGAGGAGCCGGUGGUGCUGAAGGACAUGGCGGAACACCUCGCUACAGCCCAUGAACAGGUAGGGCGUGGGGGAUGAAGGCCCAUAGAAUAAUAGAACUGAAGAGUUGGAAGGGAUCCCCAGGGGUUUAUCUAGUCAAACCGCCUGCGAUGCAGGAAUCACAACGGUCCAGGCGGCGGGUGCUCAAGUUGUAGGACAGAGGAGCCUGCGAGGUGGGCUGGGGAUCAGGGUUCGCAUCAGAGGAAUCAUGGUGGACAAACACUAUCUUCCCCAGCCCUGGGUGCUUUUGUAAGGCCCUAUGACCUGGCAAAGACAGAGAGUGAAAGCCAAGGGGCCUGGCCAGAUUAUGCCCCCCAGGCUUUUGCCUCAGUACCUGGAAGGGAGCUGACUUGUGGGGAAGAAAAAUCAAGCCUUUGCGUUGUGGUUAGGGUAGAAGUCUAUUCAAGACUGUUUAUUAAGGACAAGCAAUUGCGUCCCCACCAGCCAGAACUAAUUCUGAGGUGUUCUGUCUAUGAUACGGGAUUCGUAAAGUUGUCAUAACCUGGUUAAGGAGACAUAGCAAGAAAAACAGCAUUUCUGGUCAAAACCCACCCACCUGACAUGUCCUGGGGUUUUGGGUGUAAAAAUGGUAUUGGGGGGAAUUUUGUCAGAGAAAACCCGGAUGUAUGGCAACGCGAUGGAAAAGGCAGUGGAACCAGCUCAAAAAGCUUAAAAUUACUUCAUGAAAUAUGGCAACCCUAUCCUCUCUCCUUUUCCCACUGUGAGGGAGAUAUGGCCUUAAGACAGGCUCAGGCAGAAGUCCUUGCAGAAUCUGGACCCAAACAUUCUGCUUCCAUAUUUGCCUUUCUCUGCCAUCGCCCUCUUGCCCUUGACAUCUUUAGAGCCUUGUAGAUGCCCCUCAGAGCAGCCCCUCAUGCCUUGGGUUAGAACAAGGGGCUCUCAAAGCCGGUCUCUGGGGGUGGGGUGGGGGAGGCCCUUGUGGGUCUGUGGUAGAGCAUCUUUCUGCAAGCAGAAAGGCCCUCCGCUGCUGCUGUAUCAUCACCAAGUGGGAUAGCCAGUGCCCCAGAAGAGGGGCUGAUCAGGCACCUUCCUCUGUUCCUUGGGGUGGAGUGGGGCGUGGUUUCCCUCCUGCUACCUUGGGGCCUUCUUGUGGCACUGCCAAUGCCCUUCCUCACCUCCUCCUCCUCCUCCUCUUCCCACUUCCAGGUCAGAUGCAAGCGCUGCCACCAGGCAAUGCAGCAAUUCUUACUGGAGCACCAUGAGGUAAGGAGGGGGCCAACUGGCCUUCCCAGGAGGAUGCGGGGGCAUUUGCUGAGAGCAGGGGUCAGCAACGUUUUUCAGCCCUGGGCCGGUCCACCGUCCCUCAGACCUUGUGGGGGGCCGGACUAUAUUUUAGGGGGAAAAUAUGAACGAAUUCCUAGGCCCCACAAAUAACCCAGAGAUGCAUUUUUAAUAAAAGCACACAUUCUGCUCAUGUAAAAACACACUGAUUCUGGUCCAUGGGCCAGAUUAAGAAGGCGAAUGGGCUGGAUCCAGCCCCUGGGACUUAGGUUGAGUCAGGAGCCUGCUUCCAUUCUGACCCUGGGAUAACAGCAGCCCUCGGGCUCAGUUUGGUUAGAGGGGCCUGAACAGCAACACCCCCUCCCAUCCUUGCCCACCCCAGAUCCCUGGAUGUGCUUCUUUUCACCCUGACAGAGACAAAGAGUUUGGGGCUGGGGUGGUCUCUGGGGGUGCCUGACAGGGAGCAACCAACACUGGCUCCCUGAAGAGCUGACGUGGUGGAAGAUGUGCUCCCAAGGUUGUGUCUCCUCAUUCAGACAGUGUGGUGUAGUGGUUAGAGUGUCGGGCUAGGACUUGGGAGAGACCAGGGUUCAAAACUGCACCCCCCCCAAACUUGGCCAUGAAGGCUCACUGGGUGUGUGGCCUUGAGGAAUCAGUCACUCCCUCACAGGGUUGCUGUGGGGGUUAAAUGAGGACCAGCACCUUGGAGGGUACCAAUCCUCACUCCGCCAUGUGAAGCUCUGUGGGCCGGUCACUCCCUCUCAGCCUAGCCUACCUCACAGGGUGGUUGUGGGGAUUAAAUGAGCGGGGGGGGGGAGAGAACCACGUGACCACCUAGAGCAUCACCCCCCAGCCCCCUUUCUCCAAGACGAACCCCGGUCUCUCCUCCCCCUGCAGGCUGAAGACUGCCCCGAGCGCCUGGCCCAGUGCCACUUCUGCGAGCUGGAGGUGCCCUUCCGCCAGCUGCAGAGCCACCUCAAGGCCUGCGGCAGCCGGACCACCCCGUGCUGGGAUUGUGGAAAGUACAUCAUGUACAAAGCCCUGGAAGACCACAGUCGCACCUGCCAGGAAAACAAGGUGCUCACUGGCCCUGGUGAGUUUGCCCAAGUCCUUUUUUUUUACGUGGUGAAAAUCUGUGGACUCGGUACAGAGAAAAGAAAGCAGUGUGUCGUUCAACUGUGGAACUCCCUGCCCCAGGAGGCAGUGACGGCCACCAACAUGGGAGGCUUUAAAAGAGGACUAGACAAGUUCUCAGAGGAGGAGAGGGCUCUCAAGGGCUUACUAGCCACAAGGGCAACACUCUGCUUCCACAGUUUGAGGCAGCAAUGGAUACCAGUCGCUGGAAAACCACAGAAGGGCAGAGGGUCACUGCUGAGCUCAGUUUCCCAUAAUGGGCAUUGGUUGGCCAGUGAGAGAACAGGAUGCUGCUCUCGGUGGGCCAUGGGCCUGAUCCCACAGGGCUCUUCUGCAGCACAGUGGUUUCCCCCCACGGACCCCAGUGUUGAAGUUACCCCGUCUCACAGAGACGGAGGGCGAUGAGUUUUUACUUCAAAGGUAGCGUUUAGAUGAGCAAACAGGCCACCAGUCUAAUACAAGGCCUCAAUACAAAGUCUCUCACAAGAGGGUGCAGUCCUUUAAGUGCAAGAAAAACAGUUUGGUUGUUACUGGAGUCCAAAGCUGUCCUUUUAUUCUCCUGGAUGUCUCCUGGCAGGAAAUGCUCCAGCCUCUUCCAUUCCCCCAGCUGGCUUCCCCAGCAGUUAAUCCUCCUGCUAGGUGUCCUUGAUAAAAGGCUUCAGUUCACACUUAUCUGCUCUGCCUCCCACACACUUCACUUUCUCCUCUCCGACCCGACUCUACACCUCUGUAGUCAUGCAUGCAGUUAAUGAGAGUCACAAGACACAAGGCAGCGACUCGGGAGCUGGACCUUAAUUACAUUCACUGUAAUGUGGUUUAUUCUUUGUAAAAUGCACAAUUGCAAUACUUCUUUGGUGUCUAUGACAGGCUCUUGCCCUGCCUAUACUUUUCCUUGACCCCUCCAAUCUUGCAUGGUGUCGAUGUCUCCGAAGCCAUCACCCAUUCUGGGGGCUCUGAACAUGCCCCACAUUAACCCCUAGGGAAGGCCAACACACUGCCCUCCAGAUAAAGAUGCGAGAAGAGCCUAGGCUGGAUCAGGCCCAUAGCCCAUCCAGUCCAGCAUCCUCUUCUCACAGGGGCCAAGCAGAUGCCCACUGGGGGGCACCCGCAAGCAGGAUCCAAGCACAAGAGCCCUUUCUCCUCCUGUGGCUUCCAGCAAUUGAUAUCAUUCAGAUGCAUCACUGCCUCUGACCAGGGAGGCAGAGCAUAGCCACCAUGGCUAGUAGCCGUCCAUAGGCUUCUCCUCCAUGCAUUUGUUUAAUUUUGUUUCAAAGCCAACCAGGUUGGUGGCCAUCACUGCCUGCUCCCUCAUCUCCUUUGUCCCAGCAAAGGGUGGUAUAGCUGCUGACCCUGGGGAGAACUGAGACUGUGCCUGCAUGCAGCCAACCUCUCCUCUGUCCUUUUCAUGCCUCUCUUGGUUCUGUGAGACCAGGGGAGCUUUGUCGCAGCAGGAGGGAGAGACACCUGUGACUCUUCACCAGCUGGACUCCUCUCUGCCUCUUGGCCUCCCUCCUCUUCUGCUUCAGCUUCUGCCUCUGAUUCUGGACUUCUCUCUGCUCACUAAGUCCUGUUACCUCUUCAGCUUCCGACACCUCCUCUUCCCAAUUGUUUCUCUCUGGUCCCACCAUCCCUCCGUGGGCUCUGAGCCUUCUUCCCUUGGGGGUUCCCCAGCUGGUUCCUCCUGUGCUGGGCCCGGGGGUAACCCAUGAAAGUCCAGGACGGGUCUAGAAUCCGAAGGUUCCACUAGGAUUCAGUCUGACAGGGCCAAGGCAGCACACGAGGCAGAAAAACAGGCAAGGACAAGUACAGGAUCUCAGGCAGGAUCUGGCAUACCUGGAGCAGGGUUUGACAGCCUUUUAUCUUUGUUAGGGUAGCGGCCGGUCCUGAUCCCCCGGCAACUCACCUCCCUGUUUUGCCCAAAGGCGGGCACUCCUCCUGCAAGUACUCAGGUCUCUCCUUCUCUCAGACCUGAGUCUCUGCAGCUCGGGAGGCGUCGGUGGGUUACUAGGCCCAGAGGCCGCCUCAGCCUCACCUGACCAAACUGGUAGUGGAGCAGCUGUAAGCGAUGGCCCAGCUGAAGGCAACGAGGUAAUCCACACAUCUGGAGCCAGGGCAGGCUCAGGCCCCAGACUCGGCCCAGCUGGUGUUUGUUGCAGGGGAACCUGUGCAGACUGGGACUCUUCAGGAUCAGGCCCCAGACGUGGUUCAGGUGAUGCCUGAGGCAAAGGAUCCAGUGCAGACUGAGUCUCCUCUGGUUCCGAGUCUGAGUCGCAGGCCAUCACACUUCCCACCAUUCCUCUACACCCAACCAAUCUAGGACACUGACUUGGUCCGCUUGCUGCCAGUAACCCUUUCUCUCCCUGCUACAGGGCCCAAGGCCAAUCUGUGCCAGCAGUGCAACAGCUGGUUCCCCGACGAGAAGUACCUCCAGCACCUGGUAAGCUUCCUGGCUCCAUCUCACCACCAUGGGGGCUUUGACUGGGGCCCAUGAGAGGAGGCAGAGGAGGCUCUCCAGGACAGGUGGCCGAGUGAAGGGACUGCAACAGGGUGGCAAUUUGUGACACCUGCCAAGUCACUGGAAUCUCACCAGCCAAACCCUUGGACCCUGGGAUGGGGAGGUCAGUGGGACACAUUCCCUCUCAGGCAGCUUUCCUGGGGGGCUGUGUGCCAGUGGUGGGUGGGGCCAGAGGCAAAAGUGGGCAUGGCCAAAUGCAAAAGUGGGUGGAGCAGUGGAUAGGAAGCUUUGUCUAGUAGUAUGUAAUGGGGGGGGGGAGUCAGUGGCUUGUACACCACACAAAUGAGCCACAACACACGCACCAACAUCACGGUGCAAGGGCCCAUUCCAGCCACCCCAAGGCUUUGAGGGCACAGAAGACGGCUGUGGUCUGCAGAGACUCCCAGGGGCCGGUUAAAGGGCUCAGGAGGGCCACAUUCAGCCUGAUAUUCCCCAGCCCAUUUUGCCUACUGGGUUGUGACCCCCUCCCCAUGAUUAAAGAUCCCCCUCCCUGCUAGGGUAAAGUUGGGGGGGGGUUGGCUCCUUCCCACCUGAAAGUCACCCAGCUUGGGGUGUGGGGAGGCUGUCUGCACAGCAAAGACCCACCCCAAGCCUUUUGCCCCCAUGUGUGGGACUCCAGCCAGCUUCCUUUGGGGAAGGGGUGUGUCCGGCUGAGUCAGCCCCUCCCUGGCCCUGACUCUGCCCAGCUCCACCCACCCUUUUUCUCCUCCGCAGAACGAGUGCAGCCCCCUCUCUCAGCUCCUGGGGGCCCUCAGCACCCGAUCAUCCACAGAGCCCACCUCCCCUCUGUCCGCCUCGAGCCCCCUGACCCCAGCCACUCCGCCCCCCACCCCGAGCCCGGCGGCCGAGAAGGAUGUCCGGCCCAAGAUAAAGGAGAAGGAGCUGUCUUCCCUGGGGAGACCCUCGAUGAAGCCCUCUCGGCCCAAGAAGUCCUCCAGCCGGCCGGCCUUCACCUCCACCCUGCCCCAGGCCCUGGGGGACGAGGAAGAGGCCGCCACAGCCUAUGACCAACUGGCCACCUGCUCCCAGUGCAACAUCCUCCUGCCCAGGCCCACCCUGCAGAAGCACGAGGUGAGGAGGGGGAAGGGAAGAGGAAGGCUUUGGCUGGGUGGAAAUGGGGGGCAUUUGCAGAUUGCAAGUGGAGGGGUAGCUCUCCACCUGAAUCCCACCCCCAGGUUCUCAAGAGGGGCACCGCCAGAGAAAGAGACCUUCCUCCAGGAGGUCUCCCCUUUUGUUGCUCCUUCUUGGGCUUGCAAAAGGCCACCGGCCCUCCCCACCUGAAAGACUCAUAGAAUUGGAAGGGACCAGGAGGGCCAUCUAGUCCAACCCUCUGCAGUGCCCAGCGUGGCGCUCAAACUCUCGACCCUGAAUGGGAGUUGGAGUCCAGCAGCGUCCACAGGGGGCCCCAAAAGGCUCGCCACCCCUGGCCUGAAAGUUUCGACUUUUGUGGGGAGGGGCUGUGCUUCCUUGCCCCCAGGUUGAACAGUGGCGCCACCUGCUGGCUCUUCCUUGACAGCAGGGGGGGAGAGUUCCUACAGAAGUUUGGCCAGUCUGGGUCAUGUAUCUGCCUGUAUAAACCUCCUGUUAAGGGGAAUAGGGGGUCUAAGCCUGCAGGGGGAGAGACCUUCACCACCACCUCCUCUCCUUCUUCCAGAAAAAGUGUCGACGGGGAGCUUCUUUGCAGGCCCUGCGACGGAGCCCCCGGAUCCUGAGGAAAGGAGGUAUGUAUUUAUUUUAUUCAUUGAUUGCAUUCUGUUGAUAUCUGUCGCUCAAGGUGACGUACGUACAUGGAUCUCCCCCUCAUUUAAUGCCCACAACAGCCCUGCGAGGUAGGCUAGGCUGAGAGGCAGGGACUGGUCCAAGGUCAACCAGUGAGCUUCAUGGUCAAGUGGGGUGAGGAUUUGAACGCUGUUCUCUUCCAGUCCUCGCCUGAUGCUCUUGCUACUCUGCCAUGCCUUAUUUCAGGCAGAAUCUACCCUGACCCCUCUCCCCCGGUCCAGGGAGGAUACAUGAGCAGGGGCAGAGCCUCUGGUCUCCUCCUGCUGUCGCUGCACCCCUGAGGGAAGGAGGGGACUGAAGGAGUAGAAUAGGAAUAGAAUCAUAGAAGAGACUGCCAAAGGUCAUCUAGCCCAUGAGUAGGCAAACUAAGGCCGGGGGGCCGGAUCUGGCCCAAUUGCCUUCUAAAUCCAGCCCACGGACAGUCCAGGAAUCAGUGUGUUUUUACAUGAGCAGAAUGUGUGCUUUUAUUUAAAAUGCAUCUCUGGGUUAUUUGUGGGGCAUAGGAAUUCAUUCUCCCCCCCCCAAAAGAAAAUAGUCUGGCCCCCCACAAGGUCUGAGGGAGUGUGGACCACCCCCUGCUGAAAAGGUUUGCUGACCCCUGAUCUAGCCCAACCCUUCUGCAAUGCAGAAAUCCCUGACAGAUGGCCAUCCGACCUCUGUUGAGAAACCUCCAAUGUCCGCCACCUUCCACCAGUGAGCGGCCUUCACCCUCAGAAAGCUCCUCUGUCCUUUGCUGGGUUUGGGGUUUUUUACACCUAGAGUGUCAUCUCCAACCCCUGUUGGUGGACCUUGAAAGCUUGCAGUGUCUCUUGGAGGGCGAUUGAUCGAUCCAUUUCUCCCUCCAAGCGGGAGAUCCAGUGCAUGCUGUGCCCACCCCCACCCUCAGGAUGCCCUCCCAGGGACCACAGGGGAUUGCAGACCCCAUUUUGUGUAUCUGCUGCCCUUUUCAACCCCCCUCCCCACCCGGCAGGCCCACAAGGCAGCUUCCAGGAACAAGGGGUGGUCCAAUCUAGGGAGCCACUUUGGGAAGAGGCAACCUCAGCAAACGCCCUUCGCUGCUGCGGCAGACAGGAAACAGCCAACACGCUUUUGGGGUGUUGUACAACUGUGUGUGUCCUGCUUUGCCUUCUAGCCUGGCUAUGUAUGGCAUAGGACAUACACACACACACUGCCCCAUAGCCAUUGCUGAAGGCCCCCAGACUCCCCUGAAGAAACAAAUCCUGCUGUGGAACUGAGCCUCCUUUGCUCAUCUUGUCUUGCAGAGGAGUCGAAGUAGAGAGACAUCCCUCUUGCAGGAAGAUCCCUGGGCAGCGGCAAUCACAUCUCCCACCACUGGGCGUUGGGCCAGCCCAGAUUUUUUUGCCUCCCUGCAGGAUCAGGUUCAAAGUAAAGCGCUUUGCAACACACAAGCCCCACUCUGCCUUAUUGAGAAUAAAAGAGCUACGAUUCGCACCCGUGACUGAGUGCAAAGAGCCACUUUGGGAUUGACUCUGGCGGAAAAAGAAUCACAGAGACUUGCGGGGGUAGGGGGCAGACAAGGGUGUUGUUGAGGUGACUCACCUUGAAGCCCCCACAGUGAAUGGGACCCACAUCCUGCAGCUUCCAUAGCCAGCCCAAAAGCAAGGAAUGUGCCACCCCUCAGCUGGCCAAGCCCCUUGACCAGUCUUGUUUGUGGGAUCAGUCUGUAGGGCUAGGCGAUGCCUCUCUGCCUAAGGUGGGGAGGAAGAAGCAGCCAAAAUACAUUUUGGGCAUGGUGAUAUGUUAGCAUAUCCCAAUAUUUAGCUGCUGAUACAUCACGAUUUUGAAAACCAAAUAUCGGCCAGUCCUACUGACCAUACCCUGCCCCAGAACAAGGGUCUGUUUCUAUGUGUUACAGUGGGGAGAGGUGGCUUACAAGGAACCCUCGGCUUCUACUUUAUUGUCCCAUAUAAAGUUUAAAGCGAUUUGAGCCCCUUUGUGUCCAUUCGGGGUUGUGUAGGGGGGGGGGUCUGUGGAGCGCAGAGACUGCACCAGCGCUGCUGCGAGGUCAGAAGUUGUUGAUGGCAAUGGACUCCCUCAUCUGCAUGCAGAGGACCUCAUCGAUGUAGAUGGUGUUUGCUUUGACUUGGAUCUCCUCCUCCAGAGACAGCUGGCGGCGGUUCAGGCCUUUCAGCUCGGCGUCGGCCUGGGCCAGGGUCUCCUUCAGCCUGUAAGGGAGGAGCAGAGGGAAAGAGGGUCACGGGCCUCUGAGGGGGACUAAAUAGGGCAAGCAGACCCUCCUUGCUCCUGGCUCCACCAGAACUCUCCAUCUGAGAUGGUCUUUGACCGUAAUAAAUUAUCUCUCUAUCCAUCUUGACACCUGCGGGUGAAUACAUUUGCCCACAGACUGAUGGGAGCAUUACGCCCAACAUUCCACUUGAGAAUUAUGGGAAACAACCAAAUUCGCAUGAGAAGAACCUGCUGGUUCCAGCCAAAGGCCCGUGUAGCCCAACAUCCUGUUCUCACAGUAGCUAAAUAUCUCUAACAGCCUAGGAAUUGAGAUAGACUGCCCCUACACCUGGAGGUUCCAUAAAAAAUUAAGGACCUGCUGGAUCAGACGUCUCAUCCAGCAUCCCUUGGUCAACCAGAUGCCCCAAAGGCAAGCCACAAGCAGGACCUGAGUGCAAGAGCCUUCUCUCCCUUCUUGUGGCUUCCAGCAACUGGUACCCAGAAGCAUUGUUGCCUGUGACUUUGCAGGAGGAGCACAGCCAUCGUGGCUAAUAGCCAUCAGUAGCCCUCUCGUCCCUCUGUUAAUUUGUCCAAUCCUCUUUCAAAGCCAUCUCGGCUUGUGGCCAUCACUCUUGCUCCUUUGGAAGGGAGUUCCAUAGUUUCAACUAUGAGCUGUCUGAGAAGGUCCUUUCUUUUAUCCGUGCUGGAUUUUCCAACUUCCAGCUACGUUGGAAGGCCACGAGAACAUGCAUGUGAAUUUGGUUGCUUUGCAUAACUUAGCUCCGUUUGCCAGGAAGGCAGGUAAGGAGGUGGUGCACUGCUACCUGGGCCCGCCCUCCCUCUCGCCCCACUAGAAUCAGGCCCUGCUCAGUCCCUUUGAGUUCCUAGGGAAAAUACAUUAAAACAUCAGUCAAAUGUAUAAGCCUGGGUACUUCAAGGCCCCCUGCUGAGGAACCACAAAGUGCACCCUUUGCAAGGCAGCACCCACCCACCCACUCCUGGCUGCUGCUUCGGAGCAAGGAGGGUGCUGCUACCUGCCAGGGAGAGCUCUGGGGUGGGCCUGGCCCUGCAGCUGUUUUACUUGCCUCUGGAUGUUGUGGUUGAUCUCGUGCACCUCCCGCAUCAGCCGGUAUUGCGCCUUGUCCCGGCAGAGCUCCACAUUGGGCCGGUGGGUCCUUGUCUCCAGGCGGGUCUGGGCCACCUUGGCCGGCCCCUCCUUGUCCAAGAUGGCUUUCUUCAGGGAGUCAAUGUUCUUCUCCUGAGCACUGACCUGCUCCAUCACCUUCAAUCAGAAGCAGGGCGGAGUCAGGAGCAGGGCAGGAAGAUCUCGGAGGACCAACUCGCCACUUCCCCUCUCUGCUGCCCCAGCUAAGUCAGAGCAUAGAAUCCUAGAAUUGUAGAGUUGGAAGGGUUCCCCAAGGGAUAUCUAGUCCUGAUUCCUGACAGACAGCCAUCCAACCUCUGCGGGAAAACUGCCAAGGAAGGAGAGCCCACCACCUUCCAAGAUGCUCCUCAGAGCUGCUACAGGAAUUCUUUGCCAUCCCUAAAAGGUAAAAGUAAAGGGACCCCUGACCAUUAGGUCUAGUCGUGGCCGACUCUGGGGUUGCGGCGCUCAUCUCGCUUUAUUGGCCGAGGGAGCCGGCGUACAGCUUCCGAGUCAUGUGGCCAGCAUGACUAAGCCACUUCUGAAGAACCAGAGCAACGCACAGUACCUAUUUAUCUACUUGCACUUUGACGUACUUUCAAACUGCUGGGUUGGCAGGAGCAGGGACCGAGCAACAGGAGCUUACCCCAUCACGGGGAUUCGAACCGCCAACCUUCUGAUUGGCAAGUCCUAAGCUCUGUGGUUUAACCCACAGCGCCACCUGCGUCCCUUUGCCAUCCCUACAUGGGGAUUAUCUUUGUGGAUUGAUCCUUGAAAGGAGGUGCCGUGCCUCUCAACCAAGCCCAUUGCUAAAACCUGAGCACUGCAGUUUAAAAGAGUGGAAAGCUGGCUUGGGGGAGUUCAGAGCCCUGAUAGGCAUCAGACAUGCUGCCUUCCCCAGGAUUGACAUAGGUAGUUUAUGUAAUUUUAUUCGUUUAUUGCAAUUGCACGCUACCUUUUUCUCCAAGGGUGGUAUACAUUGUUCUCCACUUCCCCGUUAAAUGCCCACAACACCCCUGUGGGGCAGGUAAGGCUGAGAAGCAGUGAGUGGCUCAGAGUCACCCAGUGAGCUUCAUGGCUGAGCGGGGAAUCAUUGCUUGAUCUCCCCUAGUGUGACACUGUACCCCGAUGCCACACAAAAGCCCUAAACAUGGUGAUGGGGUGGAAAAGAGAAACCGGCGGUUUGCCCCCUUCGUUCCAUCAACUCCUCCCUACCCUAUGAAAAGCAUUACAGUCAUACCUCAUGUUACAUCCGCUUCAUGUUACGUUCUUUCAGGUUACGUCCUGCGGCGACCCAGAAGUACUGGAAAGGGUUACUUCUGGGUUUUGCCACUUGCGCAUGCGCAGAAGUGCAAAUGACGUCACACGCAUGCGCAGAAGUGGCGAAUUGCAACCUGCAUGUGCGCAGACGCGCAGCUGCGGGUUGCGCUCUUUUCAUGUUGCGAAUGGGCCUCUGGAACGUAUCCCAUUCGCAACCAGAGGUACCACUGUAUUCAGAACAGUGGUUUACACAACCCACUAUGGAAGACAAUAACACAGUAAAAGAAGAAAAACUGUAGCAAUUGCACAUAUUAAAACGAUAUCAUUUAAUGAAAACAGAUGCACUCAAUCCAGUAAUGUGAUGCCACCUCUUCAGAGCCUGAUACUGACAGCUCCACUGCCCCCCUAGGGAAUUCCACUGCCCCCCCAGGGGUGCUCCUACUCACUUAGGGAACCACCAGGCUAAGUGGUGACCAGAUGGAGCUUUCGCUGCUGCCGGUCCAGUGCUUACCUUGUCCAGGUGGUCCUCCAGUUUGGCCUUAGCGCUCUUGGUCUCCUUCAGCCGGUUCCGGAAGGCGACGUUGACGGUGUUGAUCUGCUUGCGCAAGUCACUGGCCGCCUGGGAGAGGAUGCUGUCGAUCAGGGCCCUCAGCGCUAGGGAAUUGUUGCGUUGUUGGUCGGCCUUUUCCACAUUCAUGUUCGAGAAAUCCUCCCAUUCUUCGGGGCUCACCGAACUGCCGGGGGAAUGAGAGAGGGGGAGGGAAGUGGGGGGGUCACUACUAGCUGGCCUGCCCUAAAUCUUCAGGCUCAGGAAGGGGAGAGAGGUUCGGGGGUGGUGGUGGUCCCAGUGAUGCUAAAUGUUAUGAGAAUUAUAAGGUCUAAGAUAUAAAAUAAAUGUUCAUAAAUGUACCAGGCAAAAACAUACAUAAAUAUAUAAACCACAUGUCUGAAACAGUACAGGAAAACAGUCCUGAAACCAUUUUGACUCUCCCAAAUUGACCUCAAAUGUUUCUCUGCAAAAAGGAAUGAAAUGGGAAAAGCCUCCCCAUUGUCUCUGUGCUCACAAAUCCUGCCUUAAGGGCACAUUUGUGUAUGAAUAGGGUGAGCCUGUGACCUUGAUUCAGGAACUGAGCAUUUACCAUCACAAAAGAAUGGCCAGGAUGCCCAGGUAAAAGCAAUCAGUGACCAUUAUCAGGUAUCCUGGCAGACAGGUUUUCUGCUGUAGAUGUAUAUAUGAUGUUUUAGGGGGGUGGUACUGAGCUACAGGGGAGGCAAUUUCUAUAUAAGAGCUUGCACACCAAUGUUCUGGGUUCCUCCUCCCUCCUUCGUGGGGGUGGGGUGAGCACCCUGUUGCAACAGUUUAAUAAAGAUCAUGCUUACUAGCUGCUUUGCUUCUC